GAUAAGACGGGUGUUUUUCGCGUUUGUACGGGUUUAUUUGCAUUUAUUUUCGUGUAUAGAAUGGAGGGAAAAUACUCAACGGCCCUAUCUCAUUUAGUUUUAGCCGGAACGGGCGCAUAUUGCCUUAAAUCUGUCUAUGGAGGCGAUUUAAAGUUUUCACAUGGGUGUUUUGGGAUUAUUAUUGUUAACAAUCUUUUGGGACUGUGGACAAACGGAAACCCUCGAUAUGGAGACAGUGUGUACAAAAUCUUCCGAAUCACCAGAGAAAUGCAAGACUUAUUUGUUUUACCAUUUGUCACAACGACACUAUGGUUAAAUUAUAGCUAUCGAUGGGAGUAUUCCUAUGCUCACGCUAUAGCGCCUGUAUUUCCGUUCAUAACGUUUUUAGUGGACAAAAAGGCCUACGAACUGACAAACCUCAUUUUAACUUGUAGCCUGGCCUCAAUGACUGUAAUAUCAUUCCUACAUGAUAAUUAUUACGGCCUAGUUGCUUCAGUGUCAUACAUGUUUGACUAUUUUUUAAAGAAGGAAGACAACGAAACUUUCCUAGAUAUACCCACUCAGGACCUAAGCAACUAUAUUAUGUGUUUUUUUGCAUACUUUUCCCUCCAUGCCAUGUUAGACUGAACCAAAGUCUGACCAUAGGAAUAUUUUAUUUACAGAACAAAUAUUUUUUAUUGUCAAUGUAAUGCUUUUACUGUAUGCAUAUCAUUGUUGUGAAAUUGGUAGUAUAUUUAUAUGUCUAUUUUUAUAUAUUAUAUACAUAUUGUACCAUAUUGAUUCUAUAUAUGUAUAUAUUAACUUA